CCGCCUUCAUGAAAGCACAACAUAGCCAUUUGUGCACUCCCAACAGCAACUAAAAACAGAGAGAGACAGACAGACGAAAACAGAAUGACGAGAUUUACAGAUGCAUUCAUGGUCUUUUCUGUUCUGUUCGCUGCUGCUGCUAUCUCCAAGGUGGACUGCAACGCCGAAGGGGAUGCUCUGAAUGCGUUUAAAGUUGGAGUGGCGGACCCAAACAACGUGCUCCAGAGCUGGGAUCCGACCCUCGUCAAUCCCUGCACCUGGUUUCAUGUCACCUGCAACUCCCAGAAUUCCGUCACUAGAUUGGAUCUUGGAGACGCAGGGCUGACCGGAGUUCUUGUGCCACAGCUGGGGAUGUUGGCUAAUCUUCAAUACUUAGAGCUGUACGGUAAUAAUCUGAGUGGAAGCAUCCCGGCGCAGCUUGGCAAUUUGACAGCACUCGUCAGUUUGGAUCUGUACAGUAACCAAUUUACUGGCCAAAUCCCAUCUACUCUGGCCAAUCUGCACUCUUUGAGAUUCUUGAGAUUGAAUAACAACAAGCUACAGGGCAAGCUACCGGUUGGUCUGGUAAACCUUGUGUACACUGGAAAUUUGAGAAUCAUGGAUGUAUCUCGCAAUCUACUGUCAGGAACUACUCGAUCCCACAAUAAAACAGAACUUGCAAUCACUACCAUCAUUCAAGACCCAAAAGCACCUCAGAGUUAAAUCCACACACAAUGAUUUAUCGACGCCUAAAGCACAGUUUAAGUUGCUUGAUCUAUAAAAUUCUUGGCCUAGUUAAUUGUAAAGGCGAAGAGAGAGGCAGAUAUACAAGAAAUAAGAGAAUAAGAAGCUACUAAGAGCGUUUUAGCCCUCCAUAAAACCAAAGCUAAUCAAUAUCUGGACCACGAUAAAGUUGUGUUGUGUGUUUCAUAUUUUGUUACUAAAUAAGGUACUCAUCAAUAUUGCAUGCUUCAUUGUUCUCUAUCUCAGUGAACUGCAGCUGCCAAUCUUCUCCGAUCGUCUUUGCGGACCUUAUGUUCAUCGCCAUGGUCGUCAUUUUUCUCCUUAACUGUCGUCGGUGUGCUUCUUGUCACUGCCAUUAUGGGCACAGAAGGUGGUAUUGAGUCGAUUAUUGUGAGAGGGAAGGAGAGAGGUGCUUCAUUCAUCACCCUGUCAUCUGAGCCAAUCAAAUAAUCCAAGUUCAAUUUUUGCUGGAGAGUUACUCACAAAUAUUGAAUUACGAAGAAUGGAUUAUAGACAUGGCCAAUUAUUUGCUCGCCAAGAACAAAUUAGGGUUUGUUUGAUGGAUCCAUUCCUCCUCUAUCAGAUUUUGCCACUCUUAUGGUGGUUCUUAGGGGUGGGCAUUGGGUGGGUCGGGUGGAUUUUGACCAUAAAAUACACUCACCCGCGCUUAAACGGAUUGAUAAUUUUUAACCCACCACCCACCCACAUUUAGUCUCAGGUUGGAUCAGGCGGAUGGUGGAUGAUGCGGGUGGGUUUGUGGGUUCAACCACAUCACAAUGUAUAUAAUAUAAAGGAGUCAACUUGACAUGAUAAUAGGUGCAGAGAGUUAUCUGGGGGAAACAAGAAGAUGAAAUAUGGGGGAAAAUGUCGAAUUAGUUCUUAAGUUGGAUAGAAAUUCUAUCAUGAAAGAGUUUUCUACAAAUUGAGAUGAUUAUCAGGUGCAAGGAACUAAGGAAAAUAAUUCCAGAAAGGAAAGAGCGGUGAUCUAGGCACAAGAAUUAGAGGAAAAAAUGAAGGGAAGAAGAGGGGAUCGCUAUUUGGAAGGGUUGGCUUUGAGGUUCAAACUCCAGGAGCAGUCCUAGUUUAUGUCUAACGUCUCCACUCUCCCCUCUCUAGCGCCAACGACUUUGAUCUUUUUGUUGUUGGGUUAAAUGGGUCACCCGCGCAUCCACCCACAACCCACCCACCACCCGGCGGAUGGCUCUCAGCGCAACCCGUCACCCAACCACAGACCCACCCACUUAAUGAAAUUCGGGUCAAAUG